AUGUUGCAAGCGUUGCCCAGACAACUCAUCUCCAAGGCAUCACCCACAAUCCUCAGCGUGCACACCAGUGCUAAACGCUUAGCACUAGCUAACGCUAGAGCCAACACCAGUGCCCUAACUUACGUCACCCUAUGGUCACUACCUAGUGGUGUCGCCCAGCCACUGCCAGUGGAGUCGCCCUCUACCUCCAGCCGUGUUGUAGCCCAGUUGGCCCACAAU